AUGCAUCCUGUAAAUCACAAUAAGAAUGUGUGCUAUACGGAGCCAGGUGACAUCGUCACACAGGGUGUGUCUUGGGCAGCUGUAGCGGAAAGAGUGGGUACCCGCUCAGAAAAGCAAUGCCGUUCUAAAUGGCUCAACUACCUGAACUGGAAACAGAGUGGGGGAACUGAGUGGACCAAGGAAGAUGAAAUCAAUCUCAUCCUCAGGAUAGCUGAGCUUGAUGUAGCUGAUGAAAAUGACAUAAACUGGGAUCUUCUAGCUGAGGGAUGGAGCAGUGUUCGUUCACCACAGUGGCUUCGAAGUAAACGGUGGGCCAUCAAAAGGCAAAUCGCAAACCAUAAGGAUGUUUCGUUUCCUGCUUCAACAGACUCCCCUGCUGCUUCUGUUGACUCAGAAACAAUAACACUAAACAGUGGAACACUACAAACAUUUGAGAUUCUUCCAUCUUUCCAUUUACAGCCUACUGGUACUCCAGGCACCUACCUUCUUCAAACAAGCUCAAGUCAAGGCCUUCCCCUAACACUGACCACAAGUCCCACAGUAACCCUGGCAGCUGCUGCUCCUGCUUCUCCUGAACAGAUCAUUGUUCAUGCUUUAUCCCCGGAACAUUUGUUGAACACAAGUGACAAUGUCACAGUACAGUGUCACACACCAAGAGUCAUCAUUCAAACUGUUGCUACAGAGGACAUCACUUCUUCAAUAUCCCAAGCAGAACUGACAGCUGAUAGUGAUCUUCAUUCAUCUGAUUUUCCUGAGCCUCCAGAUGCACUAGAAGCAGACACUUUCCCAGAUGAAAUUCCUCGGCCUAAGAUGACUAUACAACCAUCAUUUAAUAAUGCUCAUGUGUCUAAAUACAGUGACCAAAAUAGCACAGAACUGAUGAAUAGUGUCAUGGUCAGAACAGAGGAAGAAAUUGCUGACACUGACCUUAAGCAAGAACCGCCUUCCGACUUAGCCAGUGCUUAUGUUACUGAGGAUUUAGAGUCUCCUACCAUAGUACACCAAGUUCAUCAGACAAUUGAUGAUGAGACAAUACUUAUCGUUCCUUCACCACAUGGCUUUAUCCAGGCAUCUGAUGGUAUCGACGCUGAGUCUGUCUUGCCUUUGACAACAAUAACAGAUCCCAUAUUUCAACAUCAUCAGGAAGAAUCGAAUAUAAUUGGAUCAUCUUUGGGCAGUCCUGUUUCUGAGGACUCAAAGGAUGUUGAGGACUUGGUAAACUGUCACUAGAUUGUUAGAAGCAGGUACUUCAGGAAGCCACAUUGUUGACUACAUUGUCUCCAAAGAAAGGAGCCAUCCCAAGAGUCUUGGUCUGCCAUUCCUCUGGCCUGUGCAUAGCUGCUGUGCUUAAGCCAUGCACAUCGUUGCUGCUGUUACCUUUUACCUCCUUUUAAGUAGAUCAUCUGAGGUCCAAUUUUAUAAGUGUGUUAUGAUGGAGGACAGGAAGUGUGAGCUG